GCGGUGACAUGGCGGCGGCCGCGGCCAAUGGGGGCGGCGCGGGCGGGAUAAAAGCGGCGGCGGCGGCGGCCGGGACGGCUCGGGCCGGGCAGGGACGGCCCGGGGGCUGCGAGGCUCGGGCACGGCGCUGCCCAUGGAGGCGGCGCGGGGCUGGAACGGGUACGCGCGGCAGGAGCGGCCGCCGCCCUCCCCGCCCGCGGCCGCGGAGAAGCCGCGCGUCCCCCCGGGCACCGGCACGGGCAGCGGCGGGGAAGGGUGGCGGGGAGAGCGGCCCCGCAGCGAGGAGGACAACGAGCUGAGCCUGCCCAGCCUGGCCGCCGCCUACACCUCCAUCCUGCGGGCGCUGGGCGAGGACCCGCAGAGACAGGGGCUGCUCAAGACGCCCUGGAGGGCGGCCACGGCCAUGCAGUUCUUCACCAAGGGCUACCAGGAGACCAUCGCGGAUGUCCUGAACGACGCCAUCUUCGAUGAAGACCAUGAUGAGAUGGUAAUUGUGAAGGACAUAGACAUGUUCUCAUUGUGUGAGCAUCACCUCGUUCCAUUUGUUGGAAAGGUACACAUUGGUUAUCUCCCCAACAAACAAGUGCUUGGCCUCAGCAAGCUUGCUAGGAUCGUGGAAAUAUACAGUAGAAGAUUACAAGUCCAGGAACGCCUUACCAAACAAAUUGCAGUUGCCAUCACAGAAGCCUUACAGCCCGCCGGGGUCGGCGUCGUCGUGGAAGCUACGCACAUGUGCAUGGUGAUGCGUGGGGUACAGAAAAUGAACAGUAAAACAGUGACCAGCACAAUGCUGGGCGUGUUCCGGGAAGAUCCAAAGACCCGUGAGGAAUUCCUGACACUCAUCAGGAGCUGAAACUGUGUCACCCUCUGGAUUGUUCUGUCCUGUGUCACUGUCUGUCCUUGUUCCCAAGUCCCACUUCCAAACUAAAUUGUCGUGAAUUGUUGUCAUAGUCUUUGUGCAGUGAAAGGCUUCUGGUGGCACGUGGGAAAGGUGGGAUGAGGGAGGCUCCUCCUGGAUUUCCACUGAUGCUGAUGUCACAGAGUUACAAGCCACAAACAGGAGUUUGGAAAUGUUUUUCCAUCCAUAAUGCAGAAUAUCCAGCUGUCAGGAGAGAAGUGGGGCUCAGGAGUGAAGUGGAUAUUUAUGAAAUAGUUGUGUUUGUUAGAAUAAAUGUGGAGCAGCACAGGAAACACCUGAAAGGAUGUGGAUCUUUGUAGGAUUGGGAUUGUCCUGAAUUAUUGGACCAUGUUUUAUUGCAAGUCCUGCAGUGGCUGUUUCAGUAUCUGGAUGUGUGUGUUAUACCUCCGAAUUGUUACCUCUGGUGUGUUUUAUAUUCUUGCUAGUAUUUACUUUCCUUUUCUGUGGUUGUUUUUGUUUUGUUUUGUUUGAGAAAUGUGUAAACUCCAAUUUUCCUAUCCUCUUAACAGGCAGGGAAUGAACUUCUGAAUUAUUUGGGGCACAGCCCUGUCUCAGUACAAAGGGGUUUAUGCACCUUUUUCUCUGUGCCUCAGAAUGUCUGACCACUUGAACUGUCAGUUUCUUACUGUUCUUAAGGAAACUUUAACAGAGGAGAGGAAAAAACCCUGCAGAGUCUGUCUGCAGAGUACUGAGGUAUCCAAAGAGGUUUUUAAUGAUAUUUAUAUCUUGAGCUUUCCUUCUUGGAUUUCCAUGGGUUAGACUGAGAAGCUAAAAUUAGUCUGAUAGUGGGAAACUGAAGAUUUGCAAGCAUUCCAAGGUUUCCAUUUCCAAUGCUGGGCCAAAGGUGAGCAUGAAAUCCUGAGCACAGCACAUGGUUCCUCCCCUCCCUGCCGACAGGUUGGGUUAUUUCAGGGCAGGGUAACCUGGAAUGACAACAGCUCAUUUCAUAAGAGCAGCUGACAAAAGCAUUUCCAGGGCCACCAGAAUGAAUCAAACCACAUUUUUUUUCUCCCUGUGUAUGUGGCAACCUCUGUAAGUGGCAGAAUUGGUACAAAAAGUUUCAGUCCAGCUGGACUUGGCUGAACUUCUGCUUUGUUGCCAUUUUAAUGGGGGGUGUUUUGUAACUCUUAAUUGGGAAAAGAUGAGGAGCAAAUGAAAACCACCCUCCUCACACCGAGCUUGCAAAACAGAUGUCAGCCAGGGGGGUGGGUGCCCACAGGUUCCCAGGGCUCUCUGCUUUGCUGGACGUCAAUCCAAGAUGUCCUGGCCAUGAACCUCAAGGGCAGUUCUUGCUCUGGCCAGCUCCAUCUCACCACAAUUCCUCCCUCUUGCUCCAGUUACAAACAAAAUGAAAAUCAUGUCUGGUCAGAUUUGGCCUAAAAAGCUUUUUCAAGGAGAACAAGCCCAUGUGUUUAAUUACACUAAUUUUACUUUGAGGACCUUCACAGCAUUAAUGGAAGAAUCUUUUAGAGCAUCCUCUGUCCUGGGUUCUGUAGGAUUAGGUGCUGGAACAGUGUUUGUCUCUGCUGUAAACAAGCUGUGCUGCACAUUGCUAAGCCACACCAACUCCAUGGCAUUUGUUUUCCUAAAAACAAAGUUUUCAGUUCAGUAUGUUACAAAUAUCCAGCUGAAAAGCCUUAAAUCUUUCUUGCCUGAACUUGGCAGUAAACCUCUCCUUUUAGCUUGACUGGAAGGAGAUUUUGAGGACCAAAGGGGCACACACCAGUACACUUAUUUCUCUUUCCUUGCUUCACUUUGGAAAUUGAGUCUCUGUAAAACACUGUCUUGGUCCUGAGGCACCAAAAAAGUUGUGUUUUAACCACUUAUCUCUAUUCAGGAUAAAGUUCACGUUGCACCACCACUGUUCUUUAUUUCCAUGUGACCUGUAGUCCUUAAAACACCUCUCUCUACUCGUGGCCUUGGAUUUUGUUCCCAUUUUUCCUGUUGUCAAUCUCAGUGUGUUUUUUUGGAAUGUCAGCAUUGUCCAAACACAGCAGCUUUAACUACAGCCCAUGUGUAAAUAUGUAAAGGAUGUACAGCCCCUGUCGUACUGCUCACCAGUCCAUUGUCUCUGAAACAUUAAAGCAAAAUGUUAUCCUUU